CUAGAGCGGCCGUGUGCUUGAAAUCGCUCGUUCGGGGCCACGCCCACACUGAGCUCCUGAUCCUAGGGCAGGCAGGCAGAGUGCAAAAUGGCGCACAGCUGUCGGUGGCGGUUCCCUGCUCGGCCCGGAGGGAGCAGCAGCUCGGGCACCGGGAAGAAAGCGGGCCGAAUUCGAGUCAAUGCUUCCCUCCUAAACAGCGCGGGGACUAAUCUGACCGCGAACGGGCUCGGGCCCGGUUUCGACGCUGCGUUGCAAGUGUCCGCUGCCAUCAGCAGCAACCUGCAGAAAUUUCGGGAUGUUUUGGGGGAGUCGAGCGGCUCCAGCAGCGGGGAGGAGGAAUUUGGAGGCUUUACCACAGUCAGUGACAACAGAAGAAUACAAAGCCCAGGAAGGACGUCAAUAGGUCCAGUUACACCGGAAAAGAAGCCCAGAGGACGUCCUCCUAGGUCUCUAGCUGCACAAAGGUUUGGCACUGGUGUUGAGACAGCUCCUUUGCCUGUCACCACAGCUCCUACAGAGAAGGUAAAACGACCACCAGGGAGGCCUCCUGGCACUGGAGAGAAGAAAAGAGGCCGCCCUCCUGCUUCUGCCAGCCAGAGGAGUUGGCAACAGAGUGGCCAUGCACUGCCUGAAGAUGGUAAUGACACCGCAUUGGAGUGCAGCUCCAGUCCUGCACAUCGCAAGGAUGGUGUGGAGGACGAAGACAAGGAGAAAAGGCAAACUCCGCUUGGGUCUGGGCACCAUCAAGGUUCUGAGGCUAAGCUUCUCAAAAUCAGCCGAGAGUCCAAGAUGUCCAAACCAAAAAGACUGCGGGAUGUCAAACUGAGCCCUCUGAAGUCUAAGCUGAAGGCCAUUGUGAAGAAGAGUGUCCCAGUUCCUGGUGUGCAAAGACGGAGACGGGGUAGGCCGCCUUCUGCUGAGCGCCUCAAAGCUGAGGCUGCUGCUGCUGCUGCUCAGGCUGCUAACGCCGCCUCGGUCCUAGAGAUGUCUACCGCAGCAUCUGGGACUGCCAAACAUAAGGCCUUCAGGGUUCGUCGGGAACAAGAUUUGGGUGCCUGCUCUCCACAAGAUCUUAAGCUAAGGGCUUCUCAUCCUGCUGAUGAACGCACUAGCCCAGAUCCCCAUGACUCCUCUACAACAGUCAACCCAAUGUCUCCAACUAAACUCGGGAGGCCGUUAGGGUUACGUCAAAGCCCUCGCCAUAUCAAACCUGUGCGGGUCGUCCCUCCCUCCAAACGCACUGAUGCCACUAUUGCAAAGCAGCUGCUGCAGCGGGCAAAGAAAGGGGCCCAGAAAAAGAAACUAUUGGCAAAAGAAGCGAUUGGCACCCAGGGAACUGCUAAUCCUGAGGUUGGGAAGCACAGGAGGCGAACACAGCUAACAAACAUAAGGCAGUUUAUCAUGCCUGUUGUGAGCACAGUGUCCUUGCGCAUCAUAAAGACUCCAAAACGGUUUAUCGAGGAUGAAGGCAGUUUCAGUUCUCCACCAUCACACAUGAAAAUUGCUCGAUUGGACACAGCAGCAUCUGCCCCAGCACCUCAGCCCAUAGCAUCAUCCUCCCCAGCUCUGGUUUCCACAGCUCCCGUCACAAGUGGAACCACUGCCACACCUGGGGCAGGCCCUGCUGUUGACUCUCUCCUUCCUCCACCACCUCCUGUCCCAACUGGCAGUGCCACUGCCAUUGCAGCUAGUCUCCUUAGCAGCUGCAACAAUAGCACUAGUAAUGGGCGCUUCAGUAGCAGUGCUGCAUCCUGUGGCUCCAGCGCUGUUUCACAGCAUUCCUCUCAGCUCUCUUCUGGUGAGUCGUCUCGCUCCAGCAGCCCUAGUCUUGAUGACUCCUCCUGUGAUUCCCAGGCCUCUGAGGGCACCCAGGCCCUUUCGGAAGAGGGCGAUCAUUCCCCUGCCUCUCAGGGAGAGACUGAGGCCAGCAUGCACCACACCUCGCACCCACCCUCCCCACCGUCAGAGCCGGAGCCAGACCAUGUAGUGUUGAUGGAGCACAGCAGACGGGGUCGUAAAGCUCAGAGUCAUCGGAGGGGUGCUUUAGUGGCACGUGGUAGGGGCAGCCUGAUUGGUGGAAGGAAACAGGUCACCAUCAGCCCAGCCCCAGGGGUUUCACAAGCUGGAUCUCAACAAGCCUCUUCCACUGCAUCGUUGUCCUCUUCCCCACCACCGCCUCCUCUUCUCAGCCCUUCUCAGCCUCCCCAGGCAGCUUCAUCCAAUGCAUCUGAGCAUCACUCCCAUUCUCCGUGGAUGAUGUCACAUUCCAUUGCCCCUUUUCUGCCCACCCCUCCAAUACUUUCCAGCUCUCAUGACAAGCGUCGCUCCAUACUACGAGAGCCCACUUUCCGCUGGACGUCUUUGUCAUGCGCAGAAAAUAAGUACUUCUCCUCUGCCAAAUAUGCAAAGGAGGGCCUUAUCCGCAAGCCCACUUUCGACAACUUUCGUCCUCCUCCACUGACUGCUGAAGAUGUGGGACUCAUGCCACCAGGGCCUGGUGGAGGUGGCGUUGCACCAGGAGGAUUCCCAGCACCUAGUGGCGCAGCUGGGACAGGUACCAGACUUUUCUCCCCCCUGCAUCAUCCUCACCACAAUCACCACCAGCAUCCCUCAUCACGGAUUGAAACGCCACACCAAAAGCGUAGCCCACUACUACGUCCCCCUUUCUUCACUCCGAGUCCGGCUCAUUCCCGCAUCUUUGAGUCUGUCACCCUCCCAUCCUCCUCAGGGAGCAGCCCUGGUUCUCUGUCUCCCCUUCAGGUCUCACCAACGUCAAACAAAAAGAGAAAGGGGUCUAGAUUCUCACGUGGACAACCCAGGUCACCUUCACACUCAAUGACUACCAGGAGCAGUCAGUCAGGAGUUCAAACAGGGAAGGCCUCUGAACAAUCCAUGAUUAGCAGUUCUGUUCCAAUAAGCGUGACUGGAAAUUCGAGCCCAUUGCCUGGAGUCGCAGUCAGUGCACUUGCAGCCAGUGCCUUAACUCAAGCUUCUUUCAGUGGCUUCCCCUCUGGCACUAUUGGUCUUACAAGCCACGGAGUUUCCGAUGGACGGCGAGCAGCAGGAGGCCUCGGUGUGAGUGGGAGUUCUGGUUCAUCUUCACAGCUCUUCCCACUUUUUACCCCCAGUCCUCAAGGAUCAGGUGGGGGUACUGGAAAAGCAGGAAGAGACCGGAGCGUUUCUGCUACUAGAGACACAGGUACAAAGGACAAGGACAGGGAGAUGAGUAGAGAGCGUGAAAAGGAAAACAAAAGAGACGCAAGGAAAGACUGGGAUAAAAGAGGGAAAAGCCUCCCAUCAGAGACUUCCCCCAGUUCUACAUCCAGCCUAUUUGUGGUGGAGGCCAGGGACAUUGAAGAAUCUCGAACCCAUAAAAGGACAGCAGGUCGAAAGAAGUCAGUCACAGUUGACACUGGUGCAGAGGCCUCCCCAAGCGACUCUGCAGCAAUUCAACCUGUCGGGGCCUUGUCAUCCAAGGGUCGUCUGGCCAAAAAAGGCAGACCUUCAGAGAAGAUUAUUGAAGAGGAGGGAGUAGAGAGGGAGAAAGACAAGGAGAAAUUGAGUGCUCUCACCCAAGCAGGACAGAUGGGAAAACCCCCUGCAACCACAUCUCUGGGCUCCGUGUUAGCUCGUGCUGAGAAACAGCCAGUCACAGACAGGCGCGUUGCAGGACUGCUGCAAAAAGCUAAAGCUCAGCUUAAUAAGUUAGAGAAGAGAGAUUUACAACCUGCAGAUCAACCCAAAUUGCCGGGUCAAGAGAGUGACUCCUCUGAGACAUCAGUCCGUGGUCCACGCAUUAAGCAUGUGUGUCGUCGUGCAGCUGUAGCUCUGGGUCGCAAUCGUGCUGUGUUCCCAGAUGAUAUGCCUACCCUUAGUGCCUUGCCAUGGGAGGAGAGAGAAAAGAUCUUGUCUUCCAUGGGAAAUGAUGACAAAUCAUCAGUGGCGGGAUCAGAGGAGGCGGAGCCACCCACACCUCCUAUUAAGCCAGUAACGAGACAGAAAACAGUCCACGAGGCCCCACCCAGAAAGGGCCGGCGCUCUCGACGCUGCGGGCAGUGUCCAGGCUGCCAAGUCCCAAAUGACUGUGGGGUGUGCACCAACUGCCUGGAUAAGCCCAAAUUUGGGGGGCGCAAUAUUAAAAAGCAGUGUUGCAAAGUACGGAAGUGUCAGAACUUGCAGUGGAUGCCAUCAAAGUUUCUUCAGAAGCAGGCAAAAGGUAAAAAGGACAAGAGGAGGAAUAAAUUGACUGAAAAAAAGGAGUCCCAUCACAAAUCCCAGUGUUCUGAAUCAAGCCCCAAGCCAGGCCCCCCUCCAAAGGAUGACCCUCCCCAUAAGAAAAGUGAAACUCCACCACCUGCACAGGGAGAGGACAAACAAAAGCAGACACAACCUUCAUCACCAUCUUCACCAGCUUCCUCCCCAAAGGACCUUCUGCUCUCUAGUGCAUCUGACGACCCCAAGCAAUCUCAGACCCCUUUAAGCUCAGCCUUUAGAAAGGAACGGAAGCAGCAGCCCAGUUUUUCACCCACCUCCCUGCAUGCUGCUCCAUCUUCCCCACCAGCACAGUCCUUGCAGCAGCAAAGCCAAAUGCCAGCAAAAAAGGAAGGUCUUGCAAAGUCCCAGCCCACUGAGCCCAAGAAGAAAUCUCAGCCACAAAGUCAACCCAGCUCUGCAACAGACACAGCAUCCGAAGCAAAGCUAAAGAAACAGAUCUCUCGAUGUGUUCAACCACUCAAGCCUAAACCAAAAGAAAAGGAGAAACAGAUACCCAAACUAGACAGCAGUACUUUAAACUCCCAGAGCACUCCUUCGUCUGGGGGCACCGCCAAGCAGAAAGCGCCCUGCGAUGGAGUGCAUCGAAUCAGAGUUGAUUUCAAGGAGGACUAUGACAUUGAGAAUGUGUGGGAGAUGGGUGGGCUCAGCAUUCUCACCUCUGUGCCAAUCACCCCGCCGGUGGUGUGCUUUCUUUGUGCCAGCAGCGGUAAUGUAGAGUUUGUUUUCUGCCAGGUGUGCUGUGAACCCUUCCACCUCUUUUGCUUGGGGGAGACAGAACGCCCCCAUGAGGAACAGUGGGAGAACUGGUGUUGUCGUCGAUGCCGCUUUUGUCAUGUCUGUGGUCGGAAGUAUCAGAAAACAAAACAGCUACUGGAGUGUGACAAGUGCCGAAACAGCUAUCACCCUGAGUGCCUGGGACCCAACCACCCUACCAGACCCACCAAAAAGAAAAGAGUCUGGAUUUGCACCAAGUGUGUGUGCUGCAAGAGUUGUGGAGCCACCAAACCAGGGAAGGCCUGGGAUGCCCAGUGGUCACAUGAUUUCUCUUUGUGUCAUGACUGUGCCAAACUCUUAGCUAAAGGCAACUUCUGCCCACUCUGUAAUAAGUGUUAUGAUGACGAUGACUGUGAUAGCAAAAUGAUGAAGUGCAGGAAGUGUGAUUGCUGGGUCCAUGCCAAAUGUGAAAGUUUAACCGAUGAUAUGUAUGAGCUCUUGUCUAACCUGCCUGAGAGUGUGGUCUACACCUGCACAAACUGCACUGAGCCCAAUCCCCCUGAGUGGCGGGCCGUCUUAGAGAAGGAAAUUCAGAAAUCCAUGCGGCAAGUUCUCACCUCCCUGCUCAACUCCCGUACAUCCACACACUUGCUUCGCUACAGACAGGCGGUCAUGAAGCCACCUGAGUUGAACCCAGAGACAGAAGAGAGCCUUCCCUCACGCCGUUCCCCAGAGGGCCCUGACCCCCCUGUGCUGACGGAGGUCUCUUCACCAAAUGAUUCGCCUCUCGAUUUGGAGUCUGUGGAGAAGAAAAUGGAUUCUGGAUGCUAUAAAUCAUUGCUGGAGUUCAGUGAUGACAUUGUGAAAAUCAUCCAGACAGCUUUCAAUUCAGACGGAGGUCAGCUAGAGAGCAGGAAAGCCAACAGCAUGCUCAAAUCUUUUUUUAUCCUGCAAAUGGACCGAAUUUUUCCAUGGUACAAGGUGAAGGAGUCCAAAUUCUGGGAGACGUGCAAAGUCUCUUCUAAUAGUGGACUGCUUCCCAAUGCUGUUCUGCCCCCUUCUUUGGAUCACAACUAUGCCCAGUGGCAGGAGAGGGAGGAGAUAGCCAGGGCUGAGCAGCCUGUGCUCAUGAAAAAGAUCAUCCCAGCUCCGCAUCCUAAAGCCCCAGGAGAACCCAACUCCCUGAUGGCCCCCACACCACCACCUCCUCCACCCAUGCUUAUCCAUGACCACAGCCCUGAAGACAGCCCUGUGAUUCCCCCUCCUCCUGGUGUUGGUGACAAUAGACAGUGUGCGCUUUGUCUGACUUAUGGAGAUGAGAACACAAACGACUGUGGGAGACUGCUUUAUAUUGGCCAGAAUGAGUGGGCCCAUGUGAACUGCGCACUGUGGUCAGCAGAGGUUUUCGAGGAUGUUGACGGUGCUCUCAAAAAUGUGCACAUGGCAGUCAGCCGAGGCAAACAGCUGCAAUGUGAGAAUUGUCACAAACCCGGAGCUACAGUGAGUUGUUGUCUGACCUCCUGUACAAACAACUACCAUUUCAUGUGUGCACGUCAGAAGCAGUGUGCUUUUUUAGAGGACAAGAAGGUUUACUGUCAGCAUCACAGAGAUCUUAUAAAGGGCGAGGCGGUUCCAGAGUCUGGCUUUGAAGUGACUCGGAGGGUCGUUGUAGACUUUGAGGGAAUCAGUCUGAGAAAAAAAUUUGUUAAUGGGCUUGAACCAGAUAAUAUCCACAUGAUGAUAGGGUCUAUGACAAUUGACUGUCUUGGUAUGCUAACUGAACUGUCAGACUGUGAGAGGAAGCUGUUUCCUGUGGGAUACCAAUGCUCAAGGGUCUACUGGAGCACUCUAGAUGCCCGUAAGCGAUGCGUUUAUAAAUGUAGAAUUUUAGUGUGCCGCCCCACUAUGACCGAAGCUAUCAGUAACAACACAGUAGCUCAAGAGGAGAACCACACUGUUGCUCAUAGUCCUCCACCUGUUUCAUCUGAAGUAGAUGCUGCUUUGCCUGGACCCACAGAUUCCAUAAAACCGUCAAAUGUGCCUUCCACACCGAAACAAAGGGUUUAUUUUAGGAACAGACACCCCAGCUACCCACCAUGUAACCGUUCUCCCUCAACCAGACCCCUUCCCUCCCCAGAUGGUUUUAGUAGUUCAGCCCAUGAGAUUGUGACUGUUGGGGACCCUCUGCUGAACUCCAGUCUGCGAAACAUCGGAUCUCGUCGACACAGCACUUCCUCCAUCUCCACUCAACAACCUAGGCAAAAACUUUUCUCCCCUCCACAGGGAGGCACAGUAUCCAGUCAGACAGGCAAUUCAUCUGCCCCUUCCCUGUCAUCAACCUCUAAAGAACCUUUACCCAGGGACACAGAGAAAGGAAGAGUACCAUCUGGAGAGAGAUCUCACAAUCGAGAGGCAAAUUCAGUGAACAGCGGAGCACAGCGUCGAAUUGGUUUUGGUCUCGUUGAAAGAAUAGAUGGUUGUAGAGAGGCAUCCAAAAAGCAGUCUGAUGUUGAGAGUUUGAAGUCAUCGCAACCAGCUAGCGUAAAUCAAGUCUCACCACCUCUCGGAACUGCAGUUUUGACAGGACAUCAGAGAGGAAGUGGCAGUUUAAAAACUGAGAAAGGGAAACAAGCCACAAAAGAUACUGACCUACCAGCUGGAGACACUUUUAUGUCCAGUCAUCCACUUGCCACUCUUCCAAAAGACAAAGCUAAACCACUUAAGGAAGGAAAUGUGACACCAGUGGCUGCAUCAAAAGACUCAGGAAAGACUGGGUCUCUGCAAUCGGUUUACAGCAAAACUGGGAGUAGGAAGUCUCAUGACUAUGCGUCUGGUCCAGCUGCAGCAGCGGCAAUGAAGCCUCUCUGGUCGUCUGGUACCAAGGUGGGAGAGGAAGAAAUAAAGCGUGGCUUCCAGGCAAGAGCUGCCGUCACUGUUAGUCAUGGAACCUCUAGCACCAAAGAAAAGCACUCCAAAGUCAAAAUGAAUGUGAGCAGGGAUGUUUCAAAAGAAAGAAAAGAGACUCCCCAGAAUCGAAACCCAGUUCUCAACAGUAACUCUAAAAGCAGUAAUGUCAAAACACAAGGUCAGGGUCCACCUCCUCACAACAUUAGCAAUAAAAACGCUGCAUUGAGCAGCAACACAGGAUCUGGUACAGUGGAAGUUAAUAAAUUGGAUCAGAAGGAAGUGGAGAUACCAUUAAAGUCCAAAGAGAGAUUUAGCUUAGAGAAAAAGCAUAGUUCAGCCAUGGAUGCUAUUCAGCCGAAAGCAGGAGGUGAGAGAGGUAUUAGACCACAACAGGUACACCCUAAAUCAAGCAAAGAGGUUACACCAGUGGUGAAGAAACAAACUGAGAGGCUGCCUUUAUUGUCUCAGAAAAUGGAUCCCAAUGGUACCAAAGCUGUCAACAUAUCCCCUAACACAAACACUUUCACUUCUGUUACCCCUAGCAACCAGGGCCCCCAAAGAAGGUCCAGAACAGUGGUGUUUUCCCCAUCUGCAAGUUCUGAAAGCUCUGAAUCAGACAGCCACAUCCACCCAGAUGAUCCCGAGGAGCAUCUGUUGGAUCACCAGUGUGCUGAUGAUGGGGAGGACAAUAAUUUAGAGGACGAAGGCAGCAUCGAUAAGCACCACGAGGAAGAUAGUGAUGGUUCAGCAGGUUCAGCAAAACGCAGAUACCCAAGGCGGAGUGCUCGUGCUCGAUCGAAUAUGUUUUUUGGGCUAACUCCUUUCUACGGUGUCCGGUCGUAUGGUGAAGAAGACAUACCCUUCUACAGAAGUGGUGAAAUCUCCAUGAAGAAGCGAACUGGGAGCAGCAAGCGUUCAGCUGAAGGACAAGUCGAUGGGGCAGAUGAUAUGAGCACAUCAUCUUCAGCAGACAGUGGAGAAGAUGAAGAAGGAGGAAUUGGUUCAAAUAAGGACGCGUAUUAUUACAACUUCACACGCACCAUAAUAAACCCCAACUCUGGUCUCCCAUCUAUUGCAGGUAUUGAUCAGUGUUUGGGAAGAGGGUCACAGAUCCACAGGUUCUUGAGGGACCAGGCAAAGGAGCAUGAAGAUGACAGUGAUGAGGUAUCAACAGCUACCAAGAAUUUGGAGCUGCAACAAAUUGGCCAGCUGGAUGGUGUGGACGAUGGUUCUGAGAGUGACGUUAGUAUAAGCACUAGCAGCACAACCAAAGCUACUACUUCGUCCACACACAAAAGCUCAACAAAAAGGAAGGGUAGAGAAAGCAGGACAGAAAAAUCAAGCAUUGACUCGGGGAAGGAGGCAGGAAAUAACACAAGCGGCAACAGUCGUGAAGGUCGUAAAAAUCAGAAGGAUAACUGCCUUCCAUUAGGAAGUGUGAAAACACAAGGACAAGACCCCCUUGAAACUCAGUUGUCACUCACCACGGAUCUCCUCAAGUCUGACUCUGAUAACAACAACAGUGAUGAUUGUGGUAACAUCCUGCCUUCUGAUAUUAUGGAGUUUGUGCUCAAUACUCCUUCAAUGCAGUCAUUGGGACAGCAGACAGAAGCUCCUUCUGCUGAACCAUUCUCUUUAGAUGAGAGUUAUGGGGUGGACGUUAACCAAAGAAAGGACAUGCUUUUUGAAGAUUUCACUCAGCCACUGGCAAGUGCUGAACCUGGCGAGACUGGGGUGAACACCUCCAUUGCUGUAGAGGAGUCAUAUGGUCUUCCUCUUGAGCUGCCCUCAGACCUCUCUGUGUUAACCACCCGAAGUCCCACCGUAAAUAAUCAAAAUCAUGGCUCACUGAUCUCAGAGACCUCCGACCGUACUAUGUUGGCUCUGGCCACAGAGGAAUCAGGAGUUGAGAAAAGUGGGAAGAAACGGAGAACAGGGUCCACUGUAUCCAACAAAAGCCCUCAGGACAGAUGUACUGAUUCCCAGGUUCCGGAAGGUCACAUGACCCCAGAACACUUCAUUCCUGCAUGCAUCGAUGGCGACCACAUCACAAGUCCUGGAGUAGAACCUGUGGGAGAGACUGGAAACCUAGAUCUGACCAGAACUACUAGCACACCAGGGCUUUCCAGCUCACCCACCUUGCCUCUUCAGAGUCAGAAGUUCAUCCCUGCUGCCACUGUUAGCUCAGGUCCCACUCCAAUUGCAAGCUCUGCUGUUCAAGCUACCGCCUCUCAAUUGAAGCCUGGCACAGAGAAACUGAUCUUGGUAAACCAGCAUCUGCAGCCACUCUAUGUAUUGCAAACCCUUCCCAAUGGUGUACCCCAAAAGAUCCAGAUUGCACCAUCUGUUAGUGCAACAGGUGUCAUGAACACUAGUGCCCCUGUGUUGACAGGACUCAGUGGUAGCAUCUCCACCUCUCAGUCCAUUUUUACUGCUAGCGGCAAAGGUUUAGUGCCUGUACCUCAUCACCCACAAAUCCAUGCAUUCACAGGCACCUCUCAUACUGGUUUCCAGCCAGUCAUUCCUAGCACCACAUCAGGCCUCAUCAUAGGAGUCACCUCCCAUGAUCCCCAUAUUGGUGUGACAGAAGCAGGACAUAGGCAUGAUCAUGCCCCUAGUGCUGCUAUGGUAUCUAGUGCUUCCUCCAUCACCCCAGCUCCGACUAUGCUCCCCUCUGGACAUGGCAAGAAACGCCUUAUUUCUCGUCUUCAGAGUCACAAGAGCAAGAAACAUGCACGUCCAAAGACUCAACCCACACUUGUUCCUUCUGAUGUUGGGCCCAAUAUUAUGAUAAACUUGUCACCUUCACAAAUUGCUACUGGAAUCCCUGCUCAGACAGGCCUGAUGGAACUAGGGACUAUAACUGCUACUGCCACACCUCAUAGAAAAAUUCCCAACAUCAUAAAACGCCCAAAGCAAGGGGUAAUGUACUUGGAGCCUACUCUCCUUCCACAGCCCAUGCCCAUUUCAACCACAACUCAGCCUGGCAUAUUGGGACAUGAUUCCUCAACUCACCUGCUCCCAUGUACUGUGUCAGGGCUCAACCCAAGUCAGUCUGUUUUGAAUGUGGUCUCGGUGCCUUCCAGUGCACCGGGAAACUUUUUAGGAGCAAGCUCUGUAUCGCUCAGCGCCCCAGGCCUCAUUAGUUCAACUGAGAUCACAGGACCUAUAGGUAACCUCCUUAUCAACCCUCACAACCUGAGCCUUCCAGAGCAACAGAUGGUUCUUCAUUCAGGAACCCCAAUGAUGUCUCAUCUUACUAAUCCUGCCCAGACAUCCAUUGCAAGUAGCAUCUGCGUGUUUCCCCCAAACCAAAGCAUUAGCAUGUCCGUCAACCAGCAGAUGGAGAAAGGAGUCUUGGCAGAUAAAACCCUUGACCCAAAUGUCAGUUCAGCUGGUCAAGUUGCUCUCGCCCCUAAUCUAAUCGCUCAAGAACUGAACAAAGGUCAUGUCGUUGGCGUCCUCACUCAGAGCUCACGAACCUCUCCCAUCUCUCGACCACCACAUCAGCAACAAUCCUUAAAGUUAUCUGCUGGAGCAGCCUCUACAACUGUUGGGAAAGGAAAGCAAAAGGCUAAAAGACCUCGACCAAGCCCAGAUAAGAGCAGUGGAAAGAAACAUAAAGGACUUCAGUCAGAUACACCAACUGUUGACGCAUCUGCAAUCCAAUUAUCAUGUUUUCCAGGCGACCGGGAACUUUCAUCUCCUGAGCCAAUGGAUACAGGGCAGACAAAUGAAACUGGUUCAAAAAAGAGUGACUCUGCCACUAUGUCAGCUGAUUCCUCUGCUCUUAAACAUAAAACCAUGGACACACAUAAUGAGAAACCAAAGACUGCAGGACUACCUAGUAAGGGUGAUGGCAAAGGAUCUAAUGCAUUCUCUGUGGAAACACCUGAUCAAAGAGACAGUGGGAGAGACUCCUCUCUGGACUACAAGCCCAAGAAAGGGCUCAUAUUUGAAAUCUGCAGUGAUGAUGGAUUUCAAAUUCGCUGUGAAAGUAUUGAGGAGGCCUGGAAGUCCCUAACAGAUAAAGUGCAAGAAGCCCGGUCCAAUGCUAGACUCAAGGCACUUUCAUUUGAUGGAGUGAAUGGGUUAAAGAUGCUGGGUGUUGUUCACGAUGCUGUAGUGUUUUUACUGGAGCAGUUGUAUGGAGCUAGGCAUUGCCGAAACUACAGGUUCCGCUUCCAUAAACCUGAGGAGCCAGAAGAUCCUCCUGUCAACCCUCAUGGAUCUGCCCGUGCUGAGGUGUACCACAGGCGAUCAGUUCUGGACAUGUUUAAUUUCCUGGCUUCCAAACACCGUCAGCCUCCUGUGUACAACCCCCAGGAGGAAGAUGAGGAGGAGAUGCAGCAGAAGUCUGCACGACGGGCCACCAGCAUGGACUUGCCACUGCCUCUGAGGUUCAAGCACUUGAAGAAAGCAUCCAGAGAAGCUGUGGGUGUCUACAGAUCAGCCAUACACGGCAGAGGUCUGUUCUGCAAGAAGAACAUUGACACUGGAGAGAUGGUCAUUGAGUAUUCUGGUGAUGUCAUUCGCUCUGUCCUCACUGACAACCGGGAGAAGUACUAUGAUGGCAAGGGCAUUGGCUGCUACAUGUUUCGUAUCGAUGACUACGAGGUGGUGGAUGCCACCAUGCACGGCAGUGCAGCCCGUUUCAUUAACCACUCCUGCGAGCCCAACUGCUACUCCCGCGUGGUCAAUGUUGACGGUCAGAAGCACAUUGUCAUUUUUGCCAUGCGCAAAAUCUAUAAAGGAGAGGAGCUCACAUACGAUUACAAGUUCCCCAUUGAAGAACCAGGCAAUAAGCUGCCUUGCAACUGCGGGGCAAAGACGUGUCGCAAAUUCCUCAAUUGAAAGCGAACUCACAAGCUAAUACCAUCUGUGAAAUGCUAUCAAGGCUGUGUAAUGCCAGGGAAGAGACAUUUUUAAAUUAUUUGUUUUAUUUUCUAUGAAGCAGGCUCAGGUUAUCAGAAGGUUAAUGGUAUUGUGCCUCUUAAGUUGUUUCGUUUUAAGAAAAGACAAUUGAACAGAGUCACAAUGGUGAAGAUUGCCCUUAUGUCCCCUUUAUUAAUGCCCGAUUUAAGAAAUCAGUGCCCCCUUAUUCUUAACUUUUGUAUAUGAUCUUUUAUUUGACCAUUUUGUUUUUUCGAGGAAGGAUAUUGUGAACAGUUUUAAAUUUGUAAGUCAAGUCUGGCCUGCCCUUACUUAUUGAGUGCGACAAAUUACUGAAAAAAUGCCGCAUAGGUCCAUUCAACACCAAAGUGCAAUUUUGGAAGGGACAGAUUUAAUGUUUUUAGAUUGACAAUACAUAAUCCUUUUUUAGCCUGACCUGUUUAGACAUCUUUCCCUUUUUGAAUGUACAUUGAAGCCUUUCAGAGCAUCCAUGGUCAUCCUUGACAAGCUGGGCCUGAUUCUCUGUCUGAAAGACUGUAAAUAUUAUCUCAGAGGAGAGAUGAUGAGGGGAAACACUAGGGGGAGCAGUGGUCUCUGGAAUAAUGGUCAUUAGAAAGACAAGAUUGUAUGUUCUUUUAAUCAGUGGUUGAUCUAUGAAGAGUAGGCCAGCAAGGAGCUUGGGAUCUGUAGGGGCUUGCUGGGUUGAGAUCCUGGUGGACUGACAGCCAAUGGACCAGAGCUAUUUCUGAGGUCUGGGGGGAAUGACAUUCUUUUAUUUACUAGACAUUUUUAUAGUAAUUUAGAGAGAAAGUAGCUUAAUCAUAAUGUAUUGCAAAAAUUUUCUAAUUUGCAUGAUCUAAGGCUUCUUGUGAAACCUUGUAGAUUUAAUUGGUUUUAGCUCAGUCCAAACGCUAUUACCAUAUCUAUUUUUUAUUUCCCUCCCUAGGCCCGUAGUUCUGUGUGAUUGUUUUUGUUGUUGUUGUUGUUGUUGUUUUAUGAGGUAAUUUAAAACUUGACUAUUUUUGUUCUGUCUUGUCACUGACAGAAAUAUAAUUCGUUAAAUACCGUAUGUGAAUAUGUAUAUUUUUCUAUACAAAUGACUAAAAAAGCACUCAUUGGUAAAUGGCACUUAACAAUGGUAUUUAUAUUUUUAAUAAAACAUUAUUUAUUUUAUCAACAUUUUUGUAGGAAAUAAUAGAUUUACAACACUAAUGCUUUGUCCAGACAUUUUUCUAGUGCUGUCUUCUAAAAUAUUUUUGAGUUGGAUUUUAUUUUUUUGUAGCCCGAAUGUUUCUUUCUAUUCCAAAGACUGAAGCAGUUACUGUUCCCACAGAGUGCGGUCCACCAGAGGCUCUCGUUGUGAACCCAAGUCAAGCACGGCCAGUCAAAUGUGAGUUUAGGUUUAGUGAGCUUUUCAAAGUGCAGAUCGGUUUGAUAUGACUCUCCUUUCUUAAUGCCAGCCUUAAAAUUGAAUGCAAGAACAGCCCUUCUUCCCCUAAAAGGCCCUCUUUGCAUUUUCAAAACUUGGAGAAAAUGUCUAAAAAUAAAAAUGCAUGAAAUCCUUCUCUAGCAUUCUAGCUACUGACAAGUCCCAAAGUUUAUUCCAUAUAUUUUGUUAUAUCAAAAUAUUUUCUUAGAGAUUGGUGUAAAGCAAGGAAUUGCCACAGAGGCUAUCCCAUUUAAACUACUUGUAAAGCACUAUAUGGAGGAGGAGAGGGCGGAGGGCUCUUGUUUCCUCACGGUCUUGUGCACUGAAGAUCAGUCUUCUUCCCAGUCUUCUUCAACACAUGUUGCCUUGGCACUGCAUGGACGCUCCAGCCAGCCAUUCAGUCAAUGCACAUUAUUUGCUCGUAUCAUCUUUUUUUCUUUUAAAUGUAGACGCCACCAACACCUGUCUCAGUCUGUGCUCUUUUCAGGGCUCGAGUUUCGUUUGACCCCUAUUUGAAUAAGGCCGACACAGAUGUGGCUUUGUUAUUUUUUAGUGGAUGUUCUGUGGAUUGUUCUUCCGUUUUUCAGAUCAAGAGUUUGGUGCCUUCUCUGUAAAUUUCUCUGGUGGUUGAAUUCGAUUGGACAGUCAGCUGAGGAUCUCCAGAUUGUGGAGUAACGCUUUAAGCUAUUUUAACUAGGGCAUAAACAGAUUCAACUUGACAUUUGACUCUUAUUAUACAUUUCAUGUAAAGUUACGAUUGUAGCACGAGUAUGUGUGUAUUGCAGAAUGGCUUGGGAUCUGUACAUGCCUCUAGACGAAGCUGCUGUGUACAACCGUGGCUUCCUUAAAAAGCCACUUUCAAGGCCAGUUUUUUGUUUGCCUCGUAAGUUUAACUCUAAUAAAAUUGUUGCUUUUUCCUCGGCCACUGCAGACCCCCUCCUUACAGCCCUCACUGUACCUAGGCUGCAAUAAUUUUGACCUUUCCCAGAAUUUCAUUUUUGACUAAGGCACUGAAGAUCAGAGUUCUGUACGUUGCCUCACAUUGAGCAUUUGUUGGCUGCUGCCUCAUAUUUGUAUACGUGUUUGUAUUUAUCAGAAUUUGUGUUUUAGCCAUCUUUUUCAGGGAUUCUUGGGGGUCUUGCCCAACUUUUCCUCUUGCCCUGGCACCCCUGUGGAACAGGGACGUGCUGAACUCUGCAGUUAGGCCGUUUUUGAAUGUAUUGUAGAAUUUUGUUUACUCUUUCUUUGUAAUAUUUUUCUUUCAUUUUCCAACAUGAAAGACUGGGAAGAUACGGGACAGCUUUUUAUUUCAUAAAAUAGGUGGACUAUACAGCAAUGGCAAUCUUUGCAGGGUUCUACAGAAACUAUUGCUCAGUCUAAUGAAAUAAGAUUUUUAUUUUAUUAAUCUAUUUUUUUUGUAAUGCAGUUACUAAUCCUAAGGGCUUUGUAAUAGACUCCUGCACAGACAUCAAUACAACUUCAGAUGCUCCAUAAAACCGGUGUGACAGUGACCGGUCAGUGUUUCAGAAGCAGAAGCGCUCUUGUCGUUUUUCCUGGACUUUACUCUUCCACGCCACGCAAGUGGUACCACACCUUGUCCUGUAAUUAUAAUCAACAGUACAUAUAUAUAUACACAAUAUACAUGAAUAUAUAUAUAUAAAAACUAAACGUGUAUGAAUAGUAACUUGUAUUUCAAUAUCUACACAAUAUACGGAAUGGACAGACAAACUUAGUUACAGUAGCAAACAGCAGCUUCAUAAUGGUUAAUUGCAAUGUUCAGUGUAUAAUCUGUAAUGGUUUUGUGUUACAGAUAAACUUUAGAGUAACUAUUGUGCAUCAUUUUAAUAUCAAUAUCAAGAUCAAGUACCAGUUUUCCUGUGUCUCUGUAUGUUCCCUCAAUGGAGCAUUGCAGGUUUUUUUUUUUUUUUUUUUUGAAAAGGAGCGGUAUUUAUAUUAUGAAACAAGUUAAUGUAAAAUGUGGUUGUAAACUUUUUAAGCAUUGAUAUUUUGUUUGCUUUUGAUGGUGUAGUUGGCUUUAUUUUACUCUGUACAUUUUCUAACAGUUUGUGGACAUUAGGGAAAAAAAAAUGUCCUUUCCUAAACCCAGCCAUGUCACCUAUACCUCUCUCUCCUAUUGGAUCUUAAGUUGUACUUUUUCUUAUGUGAUGUUCUGUAAUGAGUAAUGGUGACCAUUCUGUUUAUUUAUUUCUGCUAGCAUCUCUAGAUGUACUCUGAGGUAAAGCUCCUUCUGAAAGCAGGUCCCUGUUUUUGGAAUUUUAACUUGGUUCACUUUGUACAGAAAUAAGUUGCAGACCGUCUGAGGUACUUUAGAGAGUCCGAGAGGUCUUGAGAAGGAGAGAUUUGAAUUUGUUCCUCUUGGAAAACGCAAGUUUUUCAUCGUCUUACCAAUACUUCCUUUCCCCGUAGUUUCGAGAUAUCAUGUUGAUGUUGAUACUGACAGUUUUAAGGUUUUUAUUUCUUCUUUUUUUUUUCUCCAAGUUGCCCCAUCAGUGUUUUACCUUUUUUCAGAAAAAUGAAGGAAAAUUUGUUAAUCUAAAAUAUUCAACCACAAACUACUUAAGGAUGAAUGUAUGAGGAAAAAAAUUGUACAUAACAACUGUAAAAAGGAAAGUUUCUAAUCAUGUUUAUUUUCUAUGCACUUUUUUUAUUUAAGUGAUAGUUUAAAUAAUAAACAUGUCUUGUUUACUCAAACUGGA